GUAGUCCUCCCCUUAAAACGAUGUGAAAAGAAUCUUUAUGUUAUGACACCUUUAAAGUGGUUGCUCUUCUUAUAGCUACGAAUAUUAUAAACGUGCACUUAGGAACUUUCCGACUGCUUUUCUUUUAUGAAACUGACGUGAAAAUGCCAACAAUCACCCACGACCCAUCUGUAAUUCACUCCCCUUGUCUCCAUCUAUAAAUACUGCAGCAUAAUUAGCUUGGAGCAUCAAUCGAUUAAGCUAACAGACAAGAAGAGAGGGUGCAAGAAUGGGGGGGUUUUGGGACAACUUUAGCACCCUACUGCUGAUAACGACGACUUGGCAAAGGAUUAUGCCCGAGGAGCUCUGGUACCACAUCAACAGGUUUCUUCAAAAACUUGUGAAUGCAAUCAACCCCUACAUCGAGAUCACGUUCCACGAGUUCCCUCCGGACAGUCAUAUGCGAAGCGAUGCCUAUGGUGCCAUCGAAAUCUAUCUUGGAGCCAAUCUUUCUCAAAAGGCCGAGCGCCUCAACGCGAAUACGGCCGACGGGAGCCGUUCAGUGGCCUUGAGCAUAGACGACUACGAAGAAAUAACCGAUGUUUACAAUGGCGUAAAGGUUUGGUGGACGAGAAGCAAGAGCUUCCCAAGAUCAAAUGUGAUCAGUUUCUAUGGCCGUGACGAGGAGAGGAGGUCUUAUGUUCUGACAUUUCGUAGGCGCCACCGUGAUAUUGUCGUCGGGUCCUAUUUGAGCCAUGUUUUAAGCGAGGGGAAGGCCAUUGCAAAGCGCAAUAGGCGUCAGAGGCUUUACACAAACGUAAGUGGGGACAAUGGCUGGGGAGAUGAUGAAAAGAUGAUGUGGAGGCACGUCGCGUUCGACCACCCUGCCACAUUCGACACUUUAGCCAUGGAUCCUGAGAAGAAGAAGGAUAUUAUGGAUGAUUUAAUUGCAUUUACAAAGGGUAAAGAGUACUACAGGCAGAUUGGCAAAGCUUGGAAACGUGGUUAUUUGCUGUAUGGUCCCCCAGGGACUGGCAAAUCAACCAUGAUUGCUGCCAUGGCUAAUUUUCUCCACUACGACGUCUAUGAUCUUGAGCUGACUGCAGUUAAAGAUAACACUGAGUUGCGGAAGCUAAUGAUUGAGAUUUCCAAAAGGGCCAUUGUAGUGAUAGAGGACAUCGAUUGUUCACUCGACAUCACUGGGAAAAGACGGGCAAAUACUACCGACAAAAAAGACAACGAUGAGAAAGAUGUGAAGGACGUUAUCGCUAACACGGCUACAGACAAUGAGCGUGGUAAUGAUGAAGAGAGCAAGAUCACUCUAUCUGGGCUUUUGAAUUUCAUCGACGGGCUGUGGUCAGCCAGCGGUGGGGAGAGAAUCAUCGUGUUUACGACCAAUUACGUUGAAAGACUCGACCCUGCCCUCAUUAGGAGAGGGCGUAUGGACAAGCACAUAGAGAUGUCUUACUGCUGCUUUGAGGCCUUCAAAGUGCUUGCCAAGAACUAUCUCAAACUCGACUCCCACGAAAAAUUUGAAAAUAUCAAGAACUUGUUGAAGGAAAUCGACAUAAGUCCAGCAGAUGUUGCAGAGAAUUUGAUGCCAAAGUCUCCAGAAAUGAGUUCUGAGGAGUGUUUGGGGAACUUGAUCACAGCACUCCACCAGGCAAAGGAAGAAGCAGCAGUAAGCAGAAAAGCAAAGAAAAUAGACGCAGAAACACAAGAUAAAGAAAGUGAAGUGAAACAACAAAGUGGGACAACAUCUAAAGAGGAGGUUAACGUGGGUUUUCGGAAAAUGAUGAUCAGAAUCUUAGCUGAAAAAUAUAAUUGUUUUCGCUAAUAGAUAGCAUCUACCUUUUAUUAUGAUUAGAGAGUUAGCUUACUUUUCUACGUUAAUAAGAUUGUUUUCUGAUAUUUACUAUUGUAUCAAAACAAUGAAUUUCUGUUGACACUUGUAAUUAAGGCUUAAAUAUAUUUUUAAACCUAUA